AUGAGUGUUAUCUCUUCCGGGGAUGAUAUCGAGUGCAAAUCGAGGGUCGUUCUGCGCGUUCUGGUAGCGCGCAAUCCGGGUGAAUCCGUUGACUUCGUGGAUUCUCCCCUUCCAGGAACGCCCCUUCCUAUGCCCUCUUCCGUUAUAUCUUGUCGCUCCCACCUCUUCCACGAACGCCCCGACUUCACGCGCCUGCACAUCAGCCCGCGCACGAGCUCUGGCGGUGCUCUGCGAACGCGAAGGCCGGCCAGGCAGUCAUCGCCCAGUCGCCUUGUGAGCGAGUCGCGGCAGGCGGACCUUCCCCACUACGCCCCCCCCCCCUACCUCAAGCCCACGGUCAUGGAGGCUUGCAAAGUCCUUGCCCACUUGCUCCUGGAGAGGAAGAAUCGUGGGCGUGGUCAACGACAGCACGUGGGCGUUCCGAAAGGGCGUCUUUACCGGAGCGAACCUGCUAUUCACGCCCUCACAGACAACCAUCAACAGCAACAACAACAACAGCCCCUGAAUAACGCGCCGAGGAGAGGAUUGUCAGGCGGCCUGGACAGCGACACGCCCCCUCCGCUGCCGUCGUCCCGCCCACCCCCGCCCCCGUCGCACCCCCCGCCGCCCGUGCCCCCCCACGGCUCAGCCCUGCAGUCCAUGUCGCAGCACCCGCAGCCGCCCCUGCCGCCCGUGCCCGGCCAGGAGGAGCAGCGCCCCCUGCAGGCCCCGGGGACGUGCACGCUGCCCCGGCGAGGCUUCGCGAGAGAGGAGCCUGGCGCCCGCUUCCGCUCGCCCUCCAACCCUCCCCCCGCCUCCAGGCAGCCCUACCAGCCCCCGCCCCAACACCAGCCCCCGCCCUACGCCCGCCACCAGCCCCCCGACCCCGCCACCAGCAGGCGGUCGAGCCGCGGCCCUUACCAGCCGCCGCCGCCGCCCAAGAUAGACGCGCGGGAGCCCCGGGAGGGGCGCGAGCGGGAGCUGAGGGACCCCAGGGACCUCAGGGACCAUAGGGACGCCAGGGACGCCGCAGAACUCCAGUGGGACGCGAGGGACUUCCGCGGGCAGCAGGACGGCCGCGACCACUCGCAGGACGGACGCAACUUCCGAGACAUCCGCGAGUCGUGGGAGCGCAGGAACACGAAGGAAUUCCCCCGCGACGAGAGGGCCGAGGACGCCAAGACCGCGUCCCUCCCGCGGGGGGCCUACGAGGCGUGGCACUGGCCCUCCAGGGAGCUCGACUCGGGCUUCGACUCGCUCACUCCCCCUGGCGCGGGCGACGGCGGGGGGCCGCGCUCGCUGGACUCCCUCGGGGGUCGCGGCGGCCGCGGGGCGUGCCCUCACCCUGCCGACGAGGCCACGUACUCGCAGUCCACCGAGGACCUCCUUAACGCCUCCAGGACGUCGCCGCCUUGCGUCGCCCCCGCGCGCGCCCACGGUUCGCCGCACGCCUCCCCCGGGGGAGCCUCGCCGCUCAGCCUCGGGGGACCGCAGCACCAUUCCACGCCCCUCGGGCCCCCGAGGGCGCCGUCCCCCGAGGAGGCCCUCCUCUCCGACAGCGUGUACCCGGACGCGCAGCCGCGCUACGCCGAGAUCCCCGACGCGAGCGCUCGCGGCAAGGACGACCGCGGGGGCAACAGAAUGUCGCGUGACCUGAGAGAGCUCAGAGACCCGAGGGACGCCCGGGAGUCGCGGAAGGACCUGAGGGAGUCGCAGGAAGCGAGGACCUCGAGAGAGAACCUGAGGCUGAGGGGCUUCAGAGAGACGAGCCUGCCUAGGGACUUCAGGGACUCCCGCGACCAAAGGGGGAGCUACCUGGAGGUGCGGGAUGACAGGGGUUUCCGCGAGCUCUCCGUCGACGACGCAGACGACCUCGAGGACGACCUGGAGCCCCGUCUGCAGGAGAGGCUACGCGGCCGCAGGGACUCUCGCCAGUACACGAGCGAGCGCGGCGUCGACCCGGCCAAAGAGGCGAGGGUCAACCGCGGCGACGCCCUGCGCGUGAGGGACAUGCCCGCCGCCUCCGCCUACGAGCGCAGGGACAGGAACGCUGACGGCGCCGACGGCCUCCAGGUGAUGGACGAGCACCGGGGGCAGAGGCCUCCCUCCGCCCGAGCGCAGCCGGAGAGGAGAGGGGACGGCUGCCCCUCCACCUCGUCCUCAGUGUCGUGGAUGGAGUGGACGCAGCAGCUGCAGGCUUACGUGGCUUGGGUGAACUCUCAGCUGCGGAAACGAGGUCGACCGCUUAUAUCCGACCUGCGACGUGACCUUCAGAGUGGAGUUGUAUUUGCGGACCUUAUCGAAAUCAUCUCCGGCGAGCACGUAGCGGGGGUGACAAGGGCCGUGGACUCUCCCCAGGUCAUGCGCGAGAACUUGGACCGUGUUCUGCAGUUCAUGGCCGCCAAGAGGAUUCGCAUGACGCACAUCACCAGUAAGGAGGUUGUGGAAGGCAAUCUGAAAAGCGUCAUGCGCAUUAUUCUCGCUCUGGCUGCGCACUACAAGCCCCAGAGCGUCAAGGGAAGCAACAAUAACAACAACAAUAGCAACUCCUCGACGUCUCCUCAGCAUCACCAAGAAUCUUCUCCUCUGUCCUCCUCCUCCGCCGUCGUCGCCGGGCAAGCCACGACGUCCUCCGCUCCGUCAGGAAGGUCCUCGGGAUGCGCGCCGCCCCCCACCACACAUGACGUGGGCGUGGGCCCAGACGCCCCUCCCUCCUCUACGGCGCCCGAGAAGACACCCAACCUCAGUACCAACCGGCGCAUGAUGGCUACGGGCGCCUCGGCCGAGGACGCAGGCGGCGUUGUCGGGCUGCGCCGGCAUCCGAGUAUGACGGGGACGCCCGCAGCCGCCCGUGACUCGUCGCCUGUGUACGAGAACCUCCCGCGGAGGGUUGCGUCGAACAGAUGGGCAUACGACUCGUUGCGCGCCUCGCACAAGUUCCAGUGGGGUGGUGGGUCGUCGUCGCACGCCCGCAGAGGCCCCGGCGGCGCUCCUGUCGUACCGCCCAAGCCCAGCCCGAACUUGGACGAGUCGUCGGACGACCCUCUCAAUUCGUCGUUCAACGCGUCGCUCAACACGUCGCUCAACACGUCGAUGGAGGGCGACGCGGAGGCCUCGUCCCCACGCCGCGACUCCUCCGGCUCCCGUGGCGGCAACACGCGGCCCGCGGCGCUCAAUUUCUGGCAGGACCUCACCAGGAAGGACGCCAACUUCCAGCCGCCUCCCGAAUCCCUCGCCGCGCCCGGGGCCCCACAGAAGCAGGCUCCGGCCGCCGACGAUAGCGACAACCCCUUCAGGUACCACACCAUCCAUCGCAUGAGCGGCCGCAGGAAACUACCGCAGAUCCCCGGCGCCGCAGCGGGUCCCAGCAGCAACAGCAGCCGCGUGACCACCCCGCAGGAGACCCAGGACAGCCCGCGAGACUAUCUGGGCGACGAGAGAGGCGGCGGGAUGACGACAGCGACGACGACGACUGACGAAGGCUCGCGAGAACCCGAAGGGCGAAGCCAGAACUCGUCGCCGGCCACGAGCCUCGUCCGGGAGGCCACGCUGGACCAGUGGCCGCGGGAGAAGGGCUCGCUCGAUCCCUGGGAGCAGGAGGACCUCAAGGGCGUCCUCAGGGACCUGAACACGACGCGCGACCAACUCCUGGCGCUGCAGAACUUGGAGCUGGAGCCUUCGUCGAGGAGCAGCCACGCCCCGAGGAAUGCGGAGAGUAAGGACGGAGGAUCGCCGGCCGUCAAGCAGGAGCUCCUUCACCUGUCGCUCGCUCGCCAGGCCCUCGAGGCGGAGAAGGGAGAACUGUCGCGACUUCUGGAGCAGCGAGAAGGAAUCAUAACCGAGCUGAGGAAGCAGAUGCACCAAAGGGACAAGACGAUACAGGCUCAGCGAGUCCAGUUCGAGGAAGCUUUGAGGAACAGCCAGCAGAAUGGAAAACGCGACAGUUCCGCCGCUCGCAUGGCCAUGUCGGGCGGAGCGCGGGAAGAACUGCAGUUGGUGCGGGACGCCAUUUCUUCUCUCAGGAGUAAUUUCAGAGAGACGGACCCCAACCAGCACACCCUCGACACCCUGGAGCAGGCCAUCGCGGUGCUGAUCGAGCGGGCAGGAAGCGGCAUCAGCGGAGGCGUGAAUGGCGUCGCGGCUGACAAAUCCUCGAGGCCGCAGAGUCACGACAAACGGCCUGUCAACGGCAUGAUCGACUCAGCAACCAAGGUGAUCUACUUCACCGAGCGGACUGUGACCCCUUUUAUGUCUACGAUAAACAGACGACUUGGAGACAUUAGACUGCGGGACUUCAAGAGCAUGUUUGACAGGCCGGGUCUCUUCCGGUUCCACUUCAAGAGCCAUGACCCCGAGUACGGGAUGGUGAAGGAGGAGAUAUUCAACGACGACGACAUCCUGCCUGGAGUGGAUGGGAAGAUCAUAGCCUGGGUGGAGGAGGACACCGAGUGAGGGCGAGGUACACUUUCUUGUAUGAAGAAGGACUCACGGAUUUGUAAAAAUGUGGAAAAUCGUGGUACACUUUGCCCCCCCGCUCGCUCGUUUUUUUGUUUUUUUAAUGUGGUUUCGUGCCACGUACUCUUUAGCAAAAUAAUGGAGGAUUUCUUUUUUAUUAUUUUAUUUUGGUUGGUUCAGGAUUUGUCACCCUCAAGUUAAUGUGCUUCCUUGACCGUAGCCAGGAUUCUAACCCUUGCGUUUCGAGAUCCGACGCGUGUGUUACCACUGCGUUACCAUCUCCUCCGCUUACUGAUUUAUUUAUUAUUUUUGUAUCGUCAUUUUCCCGAUCGCUCAUCAAAAAAAAAUCUUUGGCUCCCCAUUUGAAUGCAGUUUUAGUUUGGGGUUGAAAGGUUUGUUGUUCACGUUCAUUCAUUUCGGCGCAGAUUUAUACACUUUCGUUGAAUUCUCGCUGCAUAAGAUUUUUUGUUGCAGGAAGAAAGCUCACUGAUUUUAAGAUAACGUAUUUAUUUCAUUUAUCAGUGUAAGCUCCGGUUGACUGUUAAAAUACGUGUACGAGGAGAAACUCGUAUUCGUAUUUAUAAAGGUACAUGUUUUAUAAAGAAAAUAUUGCUGAUAGAUAUUGCGGUUGACUAUCGAGAUACAGAAAUGGGUCGGCUGACUGCUGGUUGACUGUCGACUUGCAUGUCCUCAAACGAAAGGAGUCUCAUUAAUGUGAAAAGUAAUUAAUGUUUCACUCUUGAGGAAUUAUACGAAGAACACACCGAUUUGUGAGUUCUGUAGUGCUGUUCAGCGAUGAAAGCUGUGACUGAAUGUACAGAUACGAAAAAGAUACAAAAAACGGACUUACUGAUAUUUGCAUUUCGUCAAGAGCAAAACGCGAUUAAUGCAAAGAAACCAAACUACUAUAUGUUUACAUUUUGGAAGAGAAACAUUUUAUUGUUUUUUUUAUGCAGUUAAGACAAGAAUGGUAUUACCACAAGUACCUGGAGUCUUAUAAAGAUAGAGGCGAAAAAGAAAAACAACUGAAAGUCCUGUUUCCGCAGCACAAAUACCUGUUCGUGUGGUAACUGGGAGAUCGUGUGUAUGCAUUUCAAUCGGUCGAUUCACGGAUUUGUUAAUCAAUAUGUUUGUCGUUUAAAAAGACAUGUGUAUACACCGUAAGCCUUUAUUUAUAGUUUUUUUCUUAAGGAUAUUAAGUGUUAUCCUUUAUUAACUGCAUUUGAAUGUGCAAGGCAAUGUAUUACUUACAAAUAAGGGUAUGUUGUUAUGUGUUAAGUGCAAUAAAUUGUACAAGUUAAUAAUUUUAAAUAUAUUAAUGAUAGUUUGAUUAGACUUUGUCAGCCACAUUUGAAUGAAUAAUUUAUAUUUAAAAAAAUAAGUUAGUAUGAGACUGAUGGCGAUGCAGUCACUGUAUAUAUAUAAGUAUUAUAGUAGGUUUAUGUGAGGAAAUUUAUUGAAAACAGAGAGAGAAAAAAAACAUGAUAGACAUGGUAGAACUUCCAAAAAACCAAAGAUUUAUACACUAAUUAGUUUAAAGACAAUUCCUAUGUGUUGUUUUUACUACGGCUGACUGUCCCAAAGAUUGACAAAAAAAAGCAUUUUGUUCUCAACAAAUAUGCACUAUUUGGGGAGACUCUCAACUAGCAUAUAAGGUUAUACUGAACUGUAAUUAGCUGUUGUUGUAAGCCUGAUUGUUAACUAGCCUCUGACGCUGUACAUAGUUCGUUUUGAGUUGGUUCUUAGAGGUCAUAGGAAAAAAGCAAAAUGAAAAUUGAAAAGAAAAGAAGAGAGAAAAAAAUAAAUAAAGAUAGAAAUACAUUCAAAAUAUGAAGAAGAAGGAGAAGAAAAAAAUGAAAGGUGGUAUCUACAUAUAUCGCUUUGCUGUCUGUAUAUUUAUAUUAUAAAGUAUAUGGAAUGAUAUAUAUACAUAUAUAUAUAUUGUAAUGGGGUCUUUGUGAGACUAUGUGGUGUGAUUUCGGCUGCAUUUUUCUUUGUAAAUAUUUUUGUAUUAUUUCUUAGAAAUAAAUGUAU